GGCAGGGAAAAAAAAAAAAAUAAUAAUAAAAUAAUGUAACAAUGUAAUAAUAAAAGCGGGAAACGCAAGAAAUGCAACAAAAGCAACAAAUGCAAGAAAAGGAAAAACCAAAGGAGGGGAAAAAAUUAAAGAGUGAAAAUGCUCACGUACACUGCAUAAGCCAUCGCUGAUCCAGCCUACCAGCGCCUACAUAUCAUUUAGCAUUUUUGCGCAUACGUAACUCGUGCAUAUGUAUACAUACGUACAUGCUUAACAUCACCAGGGGUACCCCCACGUGCGUACAUAAACGUAUAUAAACGUACGUAAAAUACAUAAACGUAUACGAACGUACGUAAUACAUAAACGUAUAUGAACGUACAUGCAUACCACAUACGUAUAUAUACGUAAACGUACAUUCCCUUCGUGCGUACAUGCGUUACAUCCGUAUUUGUACUCGAACACAAACGCGAACACGUGCCGUAUGAGCAAAGCCAAAUUAAAAAAAAAAGGAGAAAAAAACGCGCGACGAAAAAGAAACCCUUAAAAGAAGCAAGCAGGAGAAGAAGCAGAAAAACGUACAUCCAUCCUCAUCAAUCACCCAUUGUACGAAAAAAAAAAUUGCGUGAACAUCUCCUAAAAAACGCAGCCAUACGAAUUGAGCGGCACAUAACUCGAAGAGUUAUCAUUUGUAGAGCCUCCCAAAGCUGAUAAUUUUACAAAAACUACUGUUCACAUCCCCUACAUUUAAGAAAGUGAAAAAUGUUUUUCUCUUCUGGUUUCCCCUUCGAUUCUAUGGGCGGGCAACAGGCCCGUAGGAAAAGAGAAGUAAACAAUUCAAAAUAUUAUGAAGUUUUGAAUUUAAAAAAAAACUGCACAACGGAUGAAGUAAAAAAAGCGUACAGAAAACUAGCUAUAAUACAUCACCCAGAUAAGGGAGGAGACCCAGAGAAAUUUAAAGAGAUCUCGAGAGCGUACGAAGUUCUGUCUGAUGAGGAAAAGAGGAAAUUGUACGACGAGUACGGAGAGGAAGGCCUCGAAAAUGGAGAACAGCCAGCCGACGCAACCGACCUGUUUGACUUCAUACUGAAUGCAGGAAAGGGAAAGAAAAAGAGAGGAGAAGAUAUUGUAAGCGAAGUGAAGGUAACUCUGGAGCAGCUAUACAACGGAGCGACCAAAAAAUUAGCUAUCAGUAAAGAUGUUAUAUGUGCCAAUUGUGAAGGUCACGGUGGGCCAAAGGAUGCCAAAGUGGAUUGCAAGCAGUGCAACGGAAGAGGAACGAAAACGUACAUGAGGUAUCACUCCAGUGUGUUACAUCAAACGGAAGUGACCUGCAACGGAUGUAGAGGAAAGGGAAAAAUAUUUAACGAAAAGGAUAAGUGUGCAAAUUGUAAAGGAGGAUGCGUUUUAAAAACAAGAAAAAUUAUUGAAGUGUAUAUUCCAAAGGGAGCCCCCAACAAACACAAAAUAGUGUUCAAUGGAGAAGCAGACGAAAAGCCAAAUGUAAUUACAGGAAAUCUCGUCGUCAUACUGAAUGAGAAACCGCAUCAGCUAUUUAGGAGAGAAGGAGUCGAUUUGUUUAUCACUCAUAAGAUUUCCCUAUACGAAUCGCUAACCGGAUUUGUUGCGGAAAUUAUGCACCUAGAUGAAAGGAAAAUUUUAGUGGACUGUACAAACUCGGGUUUUGUGAGACAUGGAGAUAUUAGAGAAAUCGCGGAAGAGGGAAUGCCAACGUAUAAGGACCCUUUUAAGAAGGGGAACCUGUACAUUACGUUCGAGGUGGAGUACCCCAUGGAUUUGGUCAUAACAAAUGAGAAGAAGGAAAUCUUGAAGGUUUUGAAAAAGCAAAAUGAAAUUGAAAAGAAAUACGAUUUGGAAAAUAGCGAAUGUGAAGUGGUUACUUGCCAGGCCGUCGACAAGGAGUACCUGAAGCAGAGACUCAGCAAGCAGCAGCAGCAGGAGGCCUACGAUGACGAGGAUCAUCAGCCCGAGAUGGAGGGCCAGAGAGUGGCCUGCGCGCAGCAGUGAGGGGCCACCCCAUGAAAAGCGGCCAUCCCAAAGUUGCGCCGUUACCGCCAACUGCAUGGAGCGUUUCGCCCGAAGAGGCACUCAUAACAGUGGCGCAAUUUACAAACGGGAGAAAAGAAGAAGUGGCCCAGCAGGACGAAUCGAACGGGUAAAGCGAAAGCGGCGGUGUGUUGGCGGCGUGUUAGCAGCGUGUUGGCGUACCUUAACGCCGCAAUUAGAAACCCCCAAAAAGGAAAAGCAGAGGCCAUCACCGCACGAAGAUACCAUCACCGCACGCAGAGACCACCACCGCGCAGAAACCAUCACCGCGCAGAAACCAUCACCGCGCGCAGAUACCCUCACUGCACGAAGAGACGCCCCAUUUUAACCAAGACAGUGUACGUGCCAGACGUGAGCAGCGAACGGGGAAACCGAUGCGCACUUCGUCGCGUUGCGCCCCCUUGUUCGUCAGCCAUGCAGCAGAGGCGGCAUGACCCUAUUUUAAAAGCAGCGUGUGUUCGAGAUGCCUGCCCCGCGGUAGAGUCCAGCUCUGAAUGAGGACGCGCAGUUGUAACGAAGUGGCUCACGUUUCCCCCCCCCAGUUCUUUGGCGUCAGGCAUGCCUUUGCUCGCCAUGCGUGUGUCGAUGUAUGCACGCACGAAAGCACGUAGGCAUGCGCUCUUGUACCCCCCUAUGCACAUAUAGGCGCGCACGCGGACGUGUAAAACCAAGCCAGAGUUGCACCCCCAAACGGCAGCAGCGGCAGAAGCAACUGCAGAAGCAACUGCAACUGCGAGAGCGACGAACCGAUUCGAUCGACGGGAGCAAGUGAGUGUGUGCGCCCAGAGGACCAACAGUUACAUAUUCAUCACAAAUUUUCUUUUUUUUGGUUUUUUGCAUAGCUGGUUUAACUUUUG